GUAGCAAACCAUUCACCAGUCAUCGUAUGCUUAAACUCUCAAAAUGUUAGACGUGGAAUUCUUCGACUGAAGUUUCUAAAUUGAGUGAUGAUAAUAAUAAUGUUGUAAUGUAGCGUUAAUUAAUAUCAGGAGCAUAAAAUGUGUGAAAAUGAAUGUUCGGAAUAUAUUGAAGACCCAUAUAUACCAAAGUUAGAAAACUGUGUUACCCCUUCUUUAGAUGAAAUUACUGAGUGUGAUCACAAAUGUGUAGAUAAUUGUAAUAACUGUGAAUGGCCAGACGAUACUGAAUUUUUCUUAAGGUCUUUGACUUUAGAUCAAAUUUUUUUUGAUGUUCCUGCUUUUGACGAUUUGCAGGAAUUACAGGUUGUUGAAACGGAAUUCGGAAAACAAGUUAAAAAUAUAAAUCAAUCUAGAACAUUAUCAAUUGCGAAAGGAUGGCGAUUGAAGUUCUUCACCAAAAAAACUGUAAGAGACGUUAAAGUGACCUUCACCGAUUUUUCAAAGCCAUAUUUAGCAAGAAUUUCAAGCAGUGAAAAUUAUAAGAAGUUCUUAAACAUUGGAGAUAAUAUAGGCAAAAUGUCAGAGCCAGUUUCUCCAUCAUCUGUGGCAUCAGCAGACAUUGCUGCUGAAUUUGCAAAGCUGACCACUGAAGAGCAGGAAAAGCAACGAGCGGAAUGGAGCCAGGAACUCGCUCGUGUUGAAGAGGAAAUCAACACCCUAAGAACAGUUUUAGCCUCAAAAGUUCGUCACGCAUCCGACUUAAAACGGAAAUUGGGAAUUACAGUUUGGAAAGAGAUAACUGACGACAUGAAUCAAGGCAUCAAAACUGUAAAAGAAAGUCAAGUUUAUCACACGGUUGAAACUAAGGUCGGGGAAAUUGCUAAAGCGGUUCACGAUGCCCCAAUAUAUCAAAAGACGGAAUCGGUUUUAAAGUCAACGAGUGAGAAAGCGUCAUCGAUUUUCGGUGGAUUAACCAGCGGGAUUUCAAGCAAGAUUUCACAAAUUAAGAAUUCCGAGUCAAUGCGAUCAAUAGAGGACAAAGUAGGAUCAGCAUAUGAGAACGUGAAGACAAAAGUUACAACCUCACGAUCUAAUUCGGUGUCUAGCUUUAAUGAAGCCUUGAACGAAACUCAUGGAGCAUCCCAGUCCUCGCCGUCUAAUUCAGAAGCAAAGCCAAUUUCCUAAACGUUUCUUUUAGCAGUUUUAUGGCAUUCCAAUGAACUUGUUUGAUGUUUUAUAAAACUUUGUCAUUUACUGAUUAUUCAUACAAUAUCUUUUGAAGAUUCAAUUGAUUCUUUGUAAAAAAAGGAAAAGAUAACCCCUCCAGUUUCUAUUUGUUUCUACUUCCUUCGGUAAUAUUUUGGAUUGGAAUACUAUUAAUAGAUGUACAUUAACGGUCUAUUUUGCAGCUUGUUAUUCAGAUAUAGGAGAUGAUUUCAUUGCAAUUAAAAUAUAUAUUAUGGAGCAAAA